CCUGCUCAGUUUCCUACGAGAGAGAAAAUGGAGGUACGACUCGUACGAGUAGAAGCUUCGAGAAGACCCGUCCGGWCCCCGGUACGUAGUACGUACGGUACUGGUAGGACUUCACGAAGUAAUAUUGAUACGGUACCGUAYUUACCGUACGUACGUACGGAACUUACGAAUAUUGAAUCAACAAUCAACAACCAACAAUCAACCACUGCUUMAUGCUUCAGCGAUCAGUGAYAUCUCCACAAACCUUCACACAACAGAAAGUUUCGAAUGAACUCUGCCUGUACAUGUUGACAUGCGCUUCAGCAUUGAAUUCAUAGCCUGCACUUGCCAAACACAAGACGAGAAUCUGGAUUCACAUCGGAUACACCAAAAAUAGGCACAGUCAUGCUUGGUUCCAUAUCUAGAAUCGGCUAUGUUUUGCCAAGAAGAUGUGUUUCCCACCAAUCGUCGUCCAUGUGCCRUCUUUUCUCUUCCGUAGCCUACAGCAGCAGCUGUAGUAUCCCCAGACAUUUCUCAACGGUAGCGCCAUCGAUUGUUGAUGCUUUUGACCGCAGCUAUGAACAAAAACGAGGGAUCAGCACCGAUUAUUCCAAGAAACGACCAGAAAAGAACAAGGACAAAAAACGAAGAGGAGGCAGGCAAUCCUAUCGAUUCGUCGAUCGAACGCGCGUUCAGGUAUCGGGGGGUUCGGGYGGAAACGGAUCUAGAUCGAUGCAUCACCUCGGGAGAAAGCGGAAACGUAAACCGGACGGGGGCCACGGUGGAAACGGAGGAUCGGUGCUGAUCAUUGCGGAUCCGAAGGAACAGAGUCUGCGCUGGACACGCCCGCAUUUGACUGCCGAAUCGGGAGCCCACGGCGGGAGCAACGGGAAGCACGGGCGAAACGGAAGGAAUACCAUAUUGCGCGUUCCUUGUGGGGUGGUGGUGCGCCGAGUGCUGGAACACGACGAAUACUACGACGACGAGACGAAGACGAUUCAAAAAGUGAGCGAUGCGCUUGUGGUCCAAACUAACGAUGAGGAGUCCUACGAAUUGUGGGAAACGAAGAGUCCUAGUCCCACGGAAACAAGGGUGAGAGAUGGCUAUGAGCAGACCCUAGAAGAUUUGAAUCGAAAUCGCCAAGCAGGUGGAUAUUUGGCGUCGCUCGACUACGACAGCGACGACGACGACUGUAACGAUGAGAGUGACGAUGACGAAAGAGUAUUCUACAAUUAUGAUGGCAGCGACAGCGGUCUUAAUUACGACCAAAUUGAACCGACCAUGAAUUUUACAGCAUGGGGAGAAAAAGAAAAGGUCGAGAUAGCUGAUCUAGACCAGCCGGGAUCGCACAUUGUUGUCGCGAGGGGAGGUCGAGGUGGAUAUGGAAAUUCAUCCUUCGCCAGCAUCAAUGGACCAUUGCCGUCCCCUGAAAUCAUGGAAAAAUACGCCGAACCAAAACCGGGAGAAUGCUGUAGAGUUGAAUUAGAGCUAAAGCUGAUUGCCGAUAUUGGGCUUGUAGGAUUUCCCAACGCUGGCAAAUCAAGCCUUCUUUCCGCUACCAGCAGAGCUACACCAUACAUUGCUCCGUACCCAUUCACUACACUGAAUCCUUUGGUUGGUUACAUAGAAUACAAGGAUGGAUUUCGUGUAUGUGCCGCUGAUGUUCCUGGGCUCAUUGCGGGCGCGUCUGAGGGCAAAGGAAAGGGGCACGACUUUUUGAGRCAUUUAGAACGAACAAAGGCCCUCCUUUAUAUUGUAGACGCUGCGGGAAUCGAUGGAAGAGAUCCAGUGGAAGACUUCGAAGUUCUAGUCCAAGAGCUGUCAGCGUAUGGAGAUGGGGAUAUGCUGAAUAGAAGAUGUCUUUUGGCGGCAAACAAAAUCGAUCUGCUGUUAGAGGACGAGCGAGAAGAGGUAUUUGCUAAUUUGCAAGAGAGAGCCGAAGAAUUAGGUAUCCGAAUAGAAACGGAUGUCAUUGGAAUCAGCGCUGGUGCAACCGGUGAAAAUCUACCCCUUCUAACCAAAUCCAUAAGAAAAACGGUACUAUCCAGCGAUAACGAUAAGGCAAGUGAAUAUGGAUACGGGUGAUAACUGUGCUUGUGGCAAUUGAUCAACUUCGUUUUAAUUGAAUAAAUAGCAUUUAGCCGC